CUUCAGCUAUCUACCAGUGGUCUCUACUACUGAUCUAGUGUCACAAAUUCGAUUAUAUUCCGAUAAAGUAGCCUAGCUGGUCUUGCGCAUGACGACGGAACAACUCUGGCUCAGAACCACACGAUAAAAACUAACCGACCUAUAUAGAGUGCGAAUCACUCGAACUUCUUUUCAUCUAUACAUUGCAAUUCAACUGAGUCUGAACGAGUACUUCCAUAUUCCUUGUGUUAGAUCAGGCUAGCACUGCCAACAACAAUGCUCUCCCUUCCACUCAUUACACCUCGCGAUUCUCACGAACUCUGGUUCGGCUCCUCACAACCCUACCGCACCUCCUCCCAGCACCAGCCGUCCGCCGGAGAAACACAACCACAUGCCCGUCGCAAUGGCUCUAUUGCGCUAGGUGGACGUGCCUCAGCCUUUGCGUCAGGAAAUAUGCUUUCAUCCCUUCUGUUGGAAGAGCGGGCUCUACGUGCGCGCAAGAACAAUAUUGCCUCGUUCGGAUACUCGUGGAUCAGGCCGGCCGGCUGUCCCAAGACGAUGCUGGGUAUGAAAGAGGAGGAGGCAGAACGAGAAGAGGUGCUGGCCGCCGCAGCGGCAGAGAGAGCAGCGGCGGCAGCGGCGGAGGUGGGCGUGGAUGGGUUAGACGAGCUCGGGAACCAGACGCAGGGGACUUUUGAUGGCGAUGGCCAGGAUGACACGGGCAUGGAGAGAGAUCUGGACGAUGAUAUCCCCGACGCGGAUGCAAAUGGACUGGUUGAGGAAGGCGAGGAAGGGCUGGAAGAGGAUGAUGUCGUGGAUGAGGGAGAGUACAUGGAACGUGAUCUAGACGAUGAUAUUCCGGAAGCAUUCCCAGACGAUGAUGACCUGGAUGAGGAAGACUUGGAGGAAGAAAAUGACGACUUUGACAAUCAGCCGGACCUGGACAAUGAUAUCCCCAGUGCAGCUGAAGAAGAUUACGACGAUGAGGGAAUGAGCGAAGGCGAGGAAGACAUGGGUCGGGACCUGGAUGAUGACAUCCCCGAGGCAGUCGAGGACCGGUCAGAGCAGGAAGAGGAAUGGCAACAUACCGACACCGACGCCGAAUUUGACGAUGAGGAGGAUGUCAGCUUCUCGCAAGACCCCUUUACGCAGAGCUUCCGUGCCAGUACAACUAGCAGUCGAGGCCUGCCACCGCCGAUACGACGGGAGAGGGAAACCGAAGCCCAACGGCGGUUCCUACAGAGGUGGAGUGGUGGCGGAGAUGCCUUUGACACUAGCAGCAUGCUCGUCGACGAUGAAGACCUCCGCGCUUCUUUGACGAGUCAGGGCAGCCGACGGAGUUUCUUUAGUCGAUUCCCGAGACGGCGCACGGGAGGGCCGAGAGACAGCCUUGAAUGA